GUACAGUUAAAAAAUCCCAUAAAUAAAAUACAGAAAACAAUGACAGUCGAUCCACUAGUGACCAUGGAAUUACCUCUCUAGUCUCACUGCACAAUCGAAAUUCAAGAAGAUAAGUACCCACUUCUCAACUGCAACUUCUUAAGCACCUGUAUUGGCUGUUUGAUCCCCUUUGCAGUUGAGAUUGAAGCCAGGGAGUUGAAGAAACAUGGCCAUUGCUACCAUCAAUCGCUUUUUGCUCAGAGUUAGAACAACCACCGCAACCCCAUCAUGCACAAGAUUAGGAUUGAGUCGCCUUCGCUUUUGCCCUCUCGCUUAUGCCCCCGACGUCCUGCCAUCCGAAGAAAAUGAAAAUUUAGCCAAAGCGAAGGAAUUGGAGAAGAAAAUGGAGCUGCUUGGCAUAAAAUGUGACGAUUCUUCGUUUGUGCCGGGGCGCUAUAGUCACUUGCUUUGUCCAAAGUGCAGGGGUGGCAAUUCUAUGGGGAGGACUUUAUCACUUCAUGUUUUUCAAGAAGGGGAUUCUGCAAUGUGGAGGUGUUUCCAAACUAAUUGCGGAUGGGCAGGCCAGGCCUUUGCAAACAACAGUAAGAUACUGGUGCAGGGUAUAGCGUUAGAGCCAAUUGGACAAGAGCUGAUUGUAUACUUUGCGGAGCGAGGGAUAUCUCAGGAAACUCUGCAAAGAAAUGGCGUCAUGCAAAAAUACGGUGAUCAGGAUGUCAUUGCUUUUACUUAUAGGAGGAACGGGGUGCUUGUUGGUUGCAAGUACCGAACCAUGAAUAAAAGGUUCUGGCAGGAGAAGGGCACAAAAAAAUGGUUAUAUGGACUUGAUGACAUUAAUGACACUGCUGAAAUCAUCAUUGUUGAAGGUGAAAUAGAUAAGCUUUCAAUGGAGGAAGCUGGCUUCCAUAAUUGUGUAAGUGUUCCUUCUGGUGCACCACAGAGAGUCUCUACCCAAGAAUUACCAGCAAUGGAAAAGGACGGGGCAUAUCAGUAUCUAUGGAACUGCAAGGAAUACUUGGACAAGGUAUCUCGCAUCAUACUGGCAACUGAUGUUGACAAACCUGGGAAAGCCUUGGCAGAGGAGCUAGCACGCCGCCUUGGAAAAGAAAGAUGUUGGAUUGUGCAUUGGCCAAAGAAGGAUGGGUUUGGUUGUUUCAAAGAUGCAAAUGAGGUUCUCAAGUGCUUGGGACCAGAAGCUUUGAAGGAAGUAAUAGAAAAUGCAGAGCAGUAUAAGGAACGUGUAUAAGACCUCAUGUGACAGCAGUAGGUGGUCACCGAAUAUCUGCACUUGGUCAUGCAAUCAUUCUUGCAAGGAUUGGCCAAUGGUGGUAUCUCCAAGCUCAAACAAUGCAAGCAGGAUGAUCAAAGUCAUGAGAAGCAGGGCGGCACCUUGCCUUCAGACCAAUCCACUUACUAUGUAUUGCGUCCUUGUCUCUAUAACACAGGGUUGAACUUGAAAUGGUGUAGGAAAUCAGGUAAGGGGUUGGUCUCAUAGUGGUUCAAGUUGUGAAUGGUCAACUGUUAACAUGAUUCGUUGAUCUCCCUGUUUGAUUCUUUUUAGCCUCCAAAAUUGAAUUAUGGUUUGUAAAAUAACUGUUUUGUAUCAAU